UGACGUCAUCAAUGAGCGUCCUAUUUCACGGGCCGUCUCCCGUUCUCUAGCAGUCCGCUGAGAGGAGAGUAACAGGUAGGUCGCUAACUGGUAGGUUGUUUGUGAUGGGGGAAAUUGGCAGCUUAUAGAUCUCAACCUUGCAGGUUUUGCCGGCCGAGUGGAGCCCCUUCGGACGUCGUUGGGGAGGGUUUAGCUCCUCAGCCUUUCCAGGUGGCACACAAACUGCUGUUUUGCCGUAUCCGGGUACGAGUAGCGAUUAGCGAUUGUAACCAGCUGAUAUCCUAACAUUGUAUGCGUCCGGUGCUCCGGUUUUGUUUCGGGUACUUGCCUACUGUUGUUUUAUUUAUUUCGAGCGGGGGGUGCCCGAUGUGUGGAGGAAUAGCGUGGGUAUUUUCUUUGAUCAGAUUUUAGCAUGUGGCGUGAUAUUGCAUGAAUUGUUUUUAACGCACUUUGUUUUGCCGUUGCGUGAGUGAGUUGCUGUGUGUGUGUUGCAUGUUUAUAGGUUGCACGGGUGAUUAGAUGAACUGGGGGAUUCGCUGUCUCCACACUGACGCUCGCUCUACCCUCACCGUGUUUAGGGACCCGGGCAAGUACACAGAUUGUUCGUGAUAAGCGGUCAGACAAAUUAGAAUAGGUUUACGGUGUUUGUCUUUACUGAUGUACCAAUAAAUUAUUGUUUUGUACCACAAUAUCAUCUCUGUUCUGGACUUCCCCCUCUUAUAAUAAAGAAAAGACCCUGGUGUUAUCCCAGUAGUUAGAAAUAAAACAGCUCUGCCCCCCCCCCACUUGGUGUCACACUUCCAUCCCGGUUUUCCUAUUCUCCUUGGUCCUCUUGCAAAUUUAUAGCAGCUAAAGAACUACAUAGGUAUAAAUUGGUAGUUAUAAUCAUUUUGGUACCUCUCGUCUGUCAGUUACUUAAUUGAUACUACUGCAGUUGUGGCUGCCCAAUAGAGGGCAAUGUGGCGUCUCCUCAUCAAAAAAAAAAAAGAUAAUAUUAAAUGAUAAGAAAUGUAAAAAUUUUUUUUGUUUUUUUUAGAUUUAGAAUGAACCCAGUACUAUUUGUAAAAUGAAUGCUUUUCCUGCACGGUCCUGCGUGGUCACGUCCUGUGUCUCAAGAUUAGAAGGCGGAUCUAAGAAGCAUUUCAGCCAACUGCUCAUUAAUGAAAAACAUGUGUGACAUACAAUUUAGCCAAUCAGCGUCCUUAAGUAGACUCAGCCUGGGGCAACAUUGGUUUUGCGCAAAGCUUGCGUGUUCUCGUCAAGGCCGGUAUCGGUGGGCGGAUGACAUUCUGGAGGGAGUAAAGAGCAGACGAAAUUACAUACAUAUACAACCCAUAUUACUGAGUAUUAUUUGAUAUUAAUUGCCUGUGAUGGUGACAAAAAAUUAUUAUUACUGCUUUUUCUAUGUUGGAAUAUAUAUGAAAUAUUUAACUGUAAAGUCAUGUGUUUUUGAUAUAAUUGUUUUACAUUAAAUCAGCCUGGAAUGUUUGCUUAAAUCGAUGGAUUGCCCGACCUAGAACAUUUUCCACCAGCCGCCUCUUCUUAUUUGUCUCAUCAACCACGUAAAGCAGCCACGCCUGCAUUCGUGCGUAAAGAGGUGAAGACUGCACACCAACUGCACGAGCCAAGGGAGGCUCACAUGGUGGAACUGCCCGUAGGCUGGUUCGGGCAGCAACCUUGGACACAAUAUCACUUGGAUUCAAGUGCAGUGGGUGGAGUCUAUCGAUGCAUUUAGUGGGUGCGUGAGAAAGCGUUGCCUUUAUAUGACGAAGCCAUGCGUAAUAAAAAGUGGGACAGACGGCGGUGAGGAGGAUGCUGGAGCACGACGCAGGGGCGGACAUGCGACUUGUCCGUCGGAUGAGCGCAGGUAUGACAGUCCAGGUCCCGGGAGAGCACGUGGGCUGCAGCAAGAUCGGUGAAAACCCCGAGAACCAGAUCAUCUGUCUGCAAUGUCAAGAGGAGGUUAUGCGGAUCUGUCCCGGAAGCCCACGCAGUCCGCACCGCGCUAUCGCGACCCGCCUGUCCUCCGGAUCCGCAGACCGGGAUCCCAGCAGUAGCAGCUACAAUGCCUCUUCUGGAACCUUCUACAGCUGUGUCAGUCAGAUCACCAUUGGGUUUGACCCCGGGGGCCAAGUGGCCAUCGGCUUCUCCCACUGGAAGAGCCCCUCCCCAUCGGGUGGCCAGAAUCUCCCCAGUCCGGACUGUGUUCACUCCGAGGUUUCCGCUGUGCCGGUCAUCAGCGAUCACCUGGAGCCGGUGUCCUGCCCGGCGUCUCUGUCAAUUACCCCACUUCCCACCUGCAGUGCCAGUCAGGAGACUCUCUGUGACAGCAGCACCAGUGUGAGUUUUUCUCUACAUGGGUCAGAGUCCCAUCAGAAGAGCCCCCACCGCCGGAGAGUCCUGCAGCAGCCCCCCGCCUCACACUACCCGGCAGCGGACAGACGUCCCCCCUUCCCCUCCUGUGGGGAGGCAGGCAUCAUGGAGGAGUGCUCGCUCAAAGCCGAGGACUCCAGCACUCAAGACGAUGUGCCCCCCCUCGUUGUGAAGGAUGUCAAAGUGCUGCUAGACAGAGAAAGGUCGGAGGGCGUCAGCAGCCCGUCUAGAGACGAUGACUCCACAUUGCUCAACCAGGGAACCAACAGCAGCAUCCUCGACGACAACACAAAGCCGGACUCUGGCGUCCGGGAGGGGAGGAGUAAGUCCAGCGGCCUUUGCUUCAGAGAUGGACGGAGUCGCAUUGACUACAUCCUGGUUUACAGGAAGUCCAACUCGCAGUCAGAAAAGAGGGAUAUAUUUGAGAGGAACAUCCGUGCGGAGGGCCUCCAGAUGGAAAAGGAGGCCUCUUUGACAAACAGUGAUGUGAUUUUUCUGAAGCUUAAUGCACCGUGGGAUGUCCUUUGUCGCUAUGCAGAGCUCAUGAACAUUCGCAUGCCCUUCAGGAGGAAAAUCUUUUUCAUGCACCGACGGCACAAGUUCAUGAGCAGGAUGGAGAAGCGCAUCAACAAGGUCCGCGGCUGGCUGCCCCGCAAGCCCAUGAAGUUUGACAACGACGCUCUGCCCGACCUGGAGGAGAACGAGAGCUUUACCGCCCCCUUCAGUCGAUCAAGGAUACACCAUUUCAUCAUCCACAACAGAGACACUUUUUUCAGCAACGCCACCAGAAGUCGCAUCAUCCACCACAUCCUCCAGCGGGUCAAAUAUGAAGAAGGUAAAAAUAAGAUGGGGCUUAAUCGUCUUUUGAGCAAUAGUUCAUAUGAGGCAGCUUUCCCUCUUCACGAGGGGAGCUACCACAGCAAAAACUCCAUCAGGACGCACGGAGCAGAAAACCACAGGCACCUGCUGUACGAAUGUUGGGCCUGGUGGGGGGUUUGGUACAAGUACCAACCGCUGGACCUCAUCAGGAGGUAUUUUGGGGAGAAGAUCGGUCUGUACUUUGCCUGGCUCGGCUGGUACACAGGAAUGCUGUUUCCCGCAGCUCUGGUCGGCCUUCUGGUAUUCUUGUAUGGCUUCUUUACUUUGGAGCACUGUCAGGUCAGUAAAGAAAUCUGCCAGGCUACUGACAUCAUGUGCCCCAUCUGUGACCAGUACUGCCCCUACCUGAGACUGUCAGACAGCUGCAUCUACGCCAAGGUCACCCAUCUUUUUGACAACGAAGGAACUAUUUUCUUUGCUGUUUUUAUGGCUGUUUGGGCGACGGUCUUCCUGGAGUUCUGGAAAAGGCGCAGGGCGGUCCUCGCGUACGACUGGGACCUCAUUGACUGGGAGGAAGAGGAGGAUGAGAUACGCCCCCAGUUUGAGGCCAAAUACUCCAAGAAGGAGAGGAUGAACCCCAUAUCUGGAAAGCCUGAACCUCACCAGGCUUUCAGCGACAAAUACAGUCGCCUCAUUGUCUCAGCAUCUGGGAUCUUCUUCAUGAUUCUGGUGGUGAUUGCCGCCGUGUUUGGCAUUGUCAUAUACCGCGUCAUCACCGUCAGCACCUUCGCCGCCUUCGGCUGGGCGCUCAUCAGGAACAACUCUCAGGUGGCGACCACAGGAACAGCGGUGUGCAUUAACUUCUGCAUGAUCAUGCUCCUCAACGUGCUCUAUGAAAAGGUUGCUCUUCUCCUCACUAAUUUAGAACAGCCGAGGACAGAGUCAGAGUGGGAGAACAGCUUCACACUCAAGAUGUUCCUUUUUCAGUUCGUCAACCUCAACAGUUCAACUUUCUACAUUGCCUUCUUCUUGGGAAGAUUUACGGGCCGGCCUGGUGCUUAUCUGCGCCUCAUCAAUCGCUGGAAACUGGAGGAGUGCCAUCCAAGUGGCUGUCUCAUUGACCUCUGUAUGCAGAUGGGCAUCAUCAUGGUGCUAAAGCAGACCUGGAAUAAUUUCAUGGAGCUUGGCUACCCGCUGAUCCAGAACUGGUGGACACGUCGGAGGCUGCGUAGAGAGCACGGACAGAAAGCCAAGGCCAGCUUCCCUCAGUGGGAGAGGGAUUACAACCUGCAGCCAAUGAAUGCUUAUGGACUCUUUGAUGAAUACUUGGAAAUGAUUCUACAGUUUGGCUUCACAACCAUCUUUGUGGCAGCUUUCCCUCUGGCGCCUCUCUUAGCGCUGCUGAACAACGUCAUCGAGAUUCGUUUAGACGCAUACAAGUUUGUCACCCAGUGGCGGCGACCUCUUCCCUCCCAAGCCAAAGAUAUAGGGAUCUGGUACGGCAUUCUGGAGGGCAUCGGCAUCUUGUCUGUCAUCACCAACGCCUUUGUCAUCGCUGUUACCUCAGACUUUAUCCCUCGCCUUGUUUACGCCUACAAGUAUGGACCUUGUGCUGGUCAGGGUCGAGCAGGGGAGGGGUGUAUGAUUGGUUACGUCAACGCCAGCCUCUCAGUGUUUAGGGUGUCUGACUUUGAGAGCAGAUCACAGCCGAUGACUAAUGGCUCUGAGCUGUUUGGAGAAGCUGUAAAGUAUUGUAGGUAUCGGGACUACAGGGAGCCCCCAGACUCUGCAGAGCCCUACUCCUACACGCUACAGUUCUGGCAUGUCCUGGCAGCCCGGCUAGCAUUCAUCAUCGUAUUUGAGCACAUGGUCUUUGCCAUCAAGACCCUGAUCGCAUACCUGAUCCCCGACCUGCCCAAGGAUCUACGCGACAGAAUGCGCAGAGAGAAAUAUCUGAUCCAGGAGAUGAUGUAUGAGGCCGAGUUGGAGAGACUGCAGAGGGAGAAAAACGAGAAGAAGAAGAAAGACAGGGCCCAUCACAAGGAAUGGCCCUAAAGUGUGGCAAAUGCACCAGAGAUCCAGAAACAGUUAUCGGCUGGAGUUUGGUUUGUGCACUUUACAGUGGAGGAAAAGAGAAGUUGCACGGGGUUUCCUGCAUUACACCGGACCCUCAUACCUUCCUUCUGCCGCGUCAGGCCAGCACCUCCUAGCAGACCGUCUUUGAACUGCAUCCAGCAGGUCCACCCAGUGUGUGCAUCCAUAAAGGACCAGGCCUUCUUCAAUGUUUUGGCUUGGGUUUUGCUACCUUUUUCCUUUCUUCCUCCAGAUAGUUUUUACUGGUUUGGACUCUCAACAGCGUAUACAUCUUCAGACUCUGAAUGUAUAUUUCAAGCAAGACUUCACUUUUACAGCCGUCUCGUUCUAGACGAGAGAGAGGACUCUACUGAGUUUAUUGAAUGAAACCCUGUUUACAUGUCUCCUUGUUUGAGGAGUUCACGUCUACAUGUAUUGUGAAUAAAGACAUAUAAAGCUAUGUCAGGCAAUCUGCUUUGCUAUAGUGUGAUGCAAUAAAAAUACUACGGAAGGCAAUUUCUGAAGAAAUGGCAGUGGGAUUGCU